AUGCUCACCAUGUUGAGAAGCGCGAGCAAGCCAUACGUAUGCUGGCGGUGUCUCACAACCAGGACGCCGCUGUCCCCUGUGGCUAGCGGAUCCCGACUCGCUCCACGGCUUCGACAUGCCUCAUCUGAGAUUUCCCAAAGAUCGUAUGCUGGUAUACAGUACCAUCCCCGCGAGGGCGCCGUCGGCGGUGGCCCAGGAGGAAAGGGACGAGGCAGAGGAAGAGGUGGUGGUGGUGGUGGUGGUGGCCGCCCCAUAACCGCCGCUACGGGCGAGGAGAUGGCCCUCAUCCGCGAAAAGUCGGACAUCAGGCAGCGCCUGCGGGAGUGGGAGUCCAUGAACCACGAGCCCUCUCGUCGCCUGCUCCAGGACAUGCCAACCCACGACACCCCGCUGUCCAACUACCUGACCCGGCCGGACACGCUCCCCGGCGCCAUGGAUACGAGCAAUGACGAAAGCGAGCUGCAGAGGAACAGUCGGAAGAACCGAUCGCUUUUCGAGGCUGACGAGCUCUCCGAUUUGCGCGGCUCCACGUCGGCCCUCGUCGCCGGCGACUUGGUCGAGACGAGAUAUGGAAGCGGACGCCUGCCGGUCCUGGCCGUCUGUCUAGGACGCCAUCACGGCCUGCAGUAUUUCUACAUGAGCUCGGGCGAGGUCCUCCCCGAAAGCAACAUCCGCACGCUCUUCACCCUCACCAGCUUCACCAGCCCUGCCAAGUUCCAGCCGCUGGUUGACAUCCUGCCCGAGGAGCCCGUCACCAAACCGCGCAACGUCUUGGUCCACAAGCACGACCCGGCGGCUCUGAAGGCGGCUUCUCGCCUGCAGGGGGAGCUCAUCAAGUUCUACCAGGACUCCGUCACCUUCUACCAGUCCCACCUGACGCUUGACACCGCCAGCAGCUUUCUGGCCCACCCGGACAAGACGUUGUAUCUCAACCUGGAGGAGAUAGCGGAGAAGCUACUGCCCGACUAUCUCAGGCAGCAGGGUAGGUUCCUCCCGCAUGCCCUCUACGCCGUGCACACGGCGCUGCAACGCGACACCUGGGGCUUCCGCCCGCUGAACAUGAAGUGGCACCGGCGCAAUUACAUCUACGAGGUCCGGUCCGUCUCCGAACUCCGCAUCCUGCGCAAGGUCGAGAAUCAGGUCCGCGAACUGGUCGAGGGCGCCGCGCUGCGCGACGACCCAGCCUCCUCGCUGUCGUUGCUUAGGCAGAACAGCCUUGGCUCCUUCAUCCUCAAGGCCCGCGGCGUCAUCAGGGCCAACCGCCUGAGGCGCGAGUGGACGCCCCACGGUAUGAUCGGUCCCAGCGACGAGGGCGCCAACAACCACACCGCGUGGACCAAGCAGGAGCUCGAUUACAUCCGCUUCAUGGAGCUCUGGUCCUGCCACCGCAUCGUGCCCAACCCCUCGCAGCUCGAGAGCCUCGGCUCCACAAUCCUCAGGCUGACCGACGUGUACAACGACGCCGACUGGCUCGCCCACUGGACCGGCUUCACCUUCCUUCAGGAGAUCGGCUGGAUCCCGCCCUGGGAGAUCCCUGCCCGCUACGAGUACAGGUUCCCCGACACCCAGGUCCAGAGGGGCACCGGGAUGGUCAUGCCCCUCGUCGACGUGAACGGCUCUCUCCGGCCCGAUCUCGCCCAGGGCCACCGCCGGGACUGGGGCGAGACGACCGUCUUCUGCGUCGACUCGGAGCAGACGGCCGACGUCGACGACGGCUUCUCUGUUGAGCCGGCCGAGAGUCCCGGCGAGCACUGGAUCCACGUCCACAUCGCCGACCCCGCGUCGCGCAUCGACCCCAAAUCCGACCUCGCCCGCCAGCUCGAGAGGACCCCGUCCAGCUUGUACCUGCCCGGGUUUCCCAACAAGAUGUUGCCGCGCGACCUCGAGCAGCAGUUCUCCCUCGAUCCGGGCCAGCCGGCCCUGACCUUCAGCGCCAAGGUCAACGACCGCGGCGAGAUCCUGGACUACAAGGUCGAGCCGGGCACCCUCCAGAACGUCCUCCAUGUGCCCAAGGACGAGGUUGCUGCCGUUCUGCCCCGCGACCCCCAGCAGCAGCCUGCGGACGGUUCCACCGACGUCUUCGCCGUCGGCAUCCCUCCCGCGCCGCCGCAGCCCGUGAAGCGCAUCACUAGGGCCGCCGACCUCUCCCAGAAGGACAGGGACGACCUCGUCCUCCUGAACAGGCUCUGUGCGGCUCUCAAGGACCGCCGCGUCGAGAAGGGUCAGCUCCCGCAGCUUCAACCCCGCUUCAGUUCUCCCGAGGUCUCCCUUGACAACGUCGUCGUUGACGGCUCCCCGGACGUGUCCAACUCCUCAGUGUCUUGGAAGGGCGACCCCUUCAUCAGGUUCACCGAGCCGCGCCCCACAGCCGCCGACCGCCUCGUCGAGCGCCUCAUGCACACCGCCGGCGAGGUCGCCGCGAAAUGGUGCAGCGCCCGCAACAUCCCCGUCCCCUACAGCACCCAGCCCGAGGCCCUCCACAACCAGGCCGCGCUCGCCUCCUACCGCGCCGCCCAUGUCGACCCCGUCGCCGCCCGCGGUGAUCCGAUCCCCGUCGACGUCCUCUACGGCCUCUUCACCCUUGUCGGCAGCUCGGAGCUCACCGCCACCCCGUCCCCCUUCUACUCGGUCGGCCUCGACGCCUACGCCAAGGCCUCGAGCCCCCUCCGCCGCUUCGCCGACCUCGUCGUCCACUGGCAAAUCCACGCCGCCCUCGCCCGCGAGCGCGAGACGGGCCGCUCCCUCGCCGGCCAGGACUGCUCCGAGGCCUCCGACUUCCUCCCCUGGACCCUCUCCACCCUCGCCCCCGCCCUACCCACGCUGCAGGCUCGCCAGCGCCAGAUCAAGGAGGUCGACAACCGCGACGGGCCGACGCAGUGGGUCGCGCAGGCCCUCCUCCGCGCCUGGCGCUUCGGCGAGGCGGCCCUCCCCAAGACCUUCACCUUCGUUGUCGACGGGCUGUACCCCUUCGGCCUGCGCGGCCGCCUCGAGAGCUUCUACAACCUCUCGGCGUCGGUCGACGUCUCGCGCCUCGCCGCCGUCGCGAGGCUCGCCGAAGUCCAGGUCGACGACCGCUUCGAGGUCGAGAUCGCCAACAUCAACGUCGUGACGACGCGGAUCGCCGUCCAGCCUCUGCGGAGGCUCACGCCGGCGGAGGCAGAGGAGAGCAAAGGCCGCGUGCCCAGUCCCGCGGACGCCGCGACGUUGGAUGCCGUGCCUGCCUGA